AUGAAGUCAAAGAGAAAUGUGGCCACAGGACUUCAGUCUAUCAGCUCUUUUGAAAUGAUGCUCUCAGCUCUCUUCGUUAUGCUCAUGGUCAUCUGUGCUGGGUUAAUUGCAGUGUCCUGCCUGGCAAUCAAGGAAUCAGAAACAGAUGCAGCCGUUGGAAAGAAUCAUGAAGUCAGAGGGACAUUUAAAAUAACGUCUGGAGUGACAUAUAAUCCUAAUUUACAAGAUAGACUCUCACCAGAUUUCAAAGUUCUUGCUUUUGACCUUCAGCAAAUGAUAGAUGAGAUCUUUGAAUCAAGUAAUCUGAAGAAUGAAUAUAAAAAAUCCAUGGUUUUUCAAUUUGAGAAUGGCAGCGUUAUAGUCCUUUUUGACCUCUUUUUUGCUCAGUGGGUGUCAGAUGAAAAUGUAAAAGAAGAGCUGAUUCAGGGCAUUGAAGCAAAUAAAUCCAGCCAGCUGGUCAUUCUCCAUAUUGAUUUGAACAGCGUCGAUAUCACAGAAAAGCUAACAACCAGCAGUUCUAUGACAACUUCAGGCAAUGUCACAGUAGAAUGCCAACCUGGUUCACGGCCCUGUGCUAAUUCUUGGAAUUGUGUAGCAACUGAUUUAUUUUGUGAUGGAGAGGUAAACUGUCCAGAUGGUUCGGAUGAAGACUCCGAAUUAUGUGCCACAGCUUGUGAUGGGCAGUUUUUGUUGACUGGAGAUUCUGGGUACUUCGAAGCUGCUCAUUAUCCAAAGCCAUAUGAAUCUGGUGUUGUUUGCCGCUGGAUCAUCCGUGUAAACCAAGGACUGUCCAUUAGAAUCAGCUUUGGAUCUUUUAUUUCACACUAUACAGAUGUGUUGGAUAUUUAUGAAGGUAUAGGACCUAGCAAAAUUUUAAGAGCCUCUUUUGUGGAAACUGAUCCUGGAACAAUUCGAGUUUUUUCUAACCUAGUUACAGUCUCCUUUCUGGUAGAAUCUGAUGAGAAUGAUUACAUCGGCUUUAAUGCAACAUACAUCACCUUUAACAGCAGCAGCCUCCACAAUAAUGAGAAAAUUGACUGCACUUUUGAGGAUGGCCUUUGCUUCUGGACCCAGGAUCUUGAUGAUGAUAAUGAGUGGCAAAGGAUUCAUGGGAAACAGUUUCCUCUCUUCACUGGACCAUCUAGUGACCACACAUUUGGAAAUGAUUCAGGAUUUUACCUUUCUACACCAGUUGAACAAGGAUAUAGAAGAGAAAGGGUAGGACUUUUAAGCCUCUCUUUGGACCUCCUGUCGGAGCCUGGCUGCCUUCAUUUCUGGUAUUACAUGUGUUGUGAAAAUGUCUACAACUUAAGCAUUCAUGUCAGCAGUGAUGAAACCACAGACAAGAUAGUCUUUGAAAGGAAAGGAAAUUAUGGGACAAAUUGGAAUUAUGGUCAAGUCACAUUAAAUGAAACAGUAGAAUUUAAGGUUUUGUUCAACGCUUUUAGAAACCCAGGUUGGAGUACAAUAGCCCUAGAUGAUAUAAGCCUAACCACUGGAAUUUGUAGUGAGAGUCUUUAUCCAGAACCAACCUUGGUUCCCACCCCUCCACCAGAGCCUCCCACUGACUGCGGAGGACCUUUUGAACUAUGGGAGCCAAAUACAACUUUCAAUUCGCCUAACUUUCCAGACAUCUACCCUAAUCAAGCUUUCUGUUUAUGGAAUUUAAAUGCACAAAAAGGAAAAAAUAUUCAACUUCAUUUUCAAGAAUUUGAUUUAGAAGAUACCAAUGAUGUGGUUGAAGUGAGAGAUGGAGGAGAAGUUGAUUCCUUGCUAUUAGCUGUGUACACAGGGCCUGGGCCCGUGAAGGACGUGUUUUCUACCACCAAUAGACUGACUGUGCUUUUCAUCACAGACAAGUGGACAGCAAAGAAGGGCUUCAAAGCAAAUUUCACUACUGGCUAUUACUUAGGGAUUCCAGAGCCCUGCCAGGAUGGUGAAUUUCAGUGUAAAGAUGGAAACUGCAUUCCGAUGGGGAAUCUCUGUGAUAGCUACCCACACUGUAGUGAUGGAUCAGAUGAAACACACUGUGUGAGUUUUCUCAAUGGCACAAUGAGCAACAAUGGAUUGGUACAGUUUAAAAUCCAUAGCAUAUGGCAUGUAGCAUGUGCUGAGAACUGGACCACACAAAUUUCAAAUGAAGUUUGUCAUCUUCUGGGUUUAGGGAAUGCAAAUUCAUCAGUGCCAAUACUCUCUACUGGAAGUGGCCCAUUUGUGAAAGUAAACAAAGCCUCUAAUGGCAGCUUGAUACUAAUACCUAGUCUACGGUGCUCACAAGAUUCCCUGAUUCUGUUACAAUGUAACCAUAAAUCAUGUGGGGAAAAAAUAGUGACCCAGAACGUCGGCCCAAAGAUCAUUGGCGGAAGUGAUGCUCAAGCAGGGGCGUGGCCUUGGGCUGUGGCUUUGUAUUACAGAGAAAGUUAUACAGAGAAACUGUUCUGUGGUGCAUCUCUCCUCAGCAAUGACUGGCUGGUGUCUGCUGCACACUGCGUAUAUAGAAGAAAUGUAGAUCCAACCAGAUGGACGGCAUACCUUGGACUGCAUAUGCAAUCAAAUCUGACUUCUCCUCAAGUAGAAAGACGGGUGAUUGAUCAAAUUGUCAUAAACCCUCAUUAUGAUAAUCGAAGAAAGUUCAAUGACAUCGCUAUGAUGCACCUUGAGUUUAAAGUCAAUUACACAGACUAUAUACAGCCUAUUUGUUUACCAGAGGAUAAUGAAAUAUUUAUUCCGGGAAGAAUUUGUUCAAUUGCUGGCUGGGGGUAUACUGAAAUUCAAGGUUCCACUGUGGAUGUGCUGAAAGAAGCUGAUGUUCCUCUUAUAUCCAACGAGAAGUGCCAGCAACAGCUGCCAGAAUACAACAUCACUGAAAGUAUGAUAUGUGCAGGGUAUGAAGAAGGAGGAAUAGAUUCUUGUCAGGGUGAUUCGGGAGGACCAUUAAUGUGCCAAGAAAACAACAGGUGGUUUCUGGUUGGUGUGACAUCAUUUGGAGUCAAGUGUGCACUGCCUAAUCACCCUGGGGUAUAUGUUCGGGUCUCAAAGUUUAUAGAGUGGAUAUAUAGUUUUCUACAGUAG